UCUCACUUCGGCUAAACUUCUCCACCUUUCCCCCCUCAGUGAACAGAGGAUGUGACCUGUCUGUUGGAUAUGUAAAGAUUGAAAAUGGUUUCACAGUGUUCGUAGUUCAGUGAAUGAGGAUUAGUGCGCAGUUGAUCUCCAAAAUACGCGCCGCGUGAAGGAAGGAAUGAGGGUGCACGAGCUGCAGCCUGUUGAUCUGCCUUUUAAUUUGAUUUCACAACGAGGACGUGCGGAGGCGGUUUGAGAGAUGGAUGCAGAAACAACCGUCUGGUUCUUGUUGGAGACGUGGUUCUCCUUCCUGCAGCUCCUCCACAUGAGACCUGGAGAGCGCUGUGUCUCCUCCAGCCCCAACUGACCCCCCUCUACUGUCUCAGACGCAGAGGGGAGGCAUCAUGUCUGCAGGCCGCAGAAAGCUCUGCGUGAUCAUGAUGCUCAACGUCUUCGUCUGCCUCCUGGUUUGCGUCACGUGGAACCUCCGGCGUCACAAAAGUGGCCGCCACAAAGUUCGAAUCCCAUCUGAGAGGUUCUGGCACAGGCUGGAAGAGAGUAAAUCCUUCUGGAACAAGGAGCAGCAGCAUCUGGACUUCCUCUUCAACCCCAUUGUGAACUCUUUGCACUCGAGCGACUCCCUCAUCGAGCUGCCUGAUUGGCUGAAUAACACCGGGCCCCCUGACCUCUGUGAGCCGGAUAACAGAGUCCCAAUGCAAAUUAUGGACUACAACUCCCUGCCAAAGGGCUUCCAGGAUUUUCUUUUGCACAUGCGCUGCAGGACAUACCCCAUGCUGAUAAACCAGCCUCAUGUCUGUAAGGGAAAACCCUUCCUGCUGCUGGCGGUCAAAUCCCUGAUCCCACACUUUGACCGGCGGCAGGCCAUCCGUGAAACAUGGGGUCGGGCGGGGGUCAUAGCUAAUCGCUCAGUGGUGACGGUGUUCCUGCUAGGCAACACCUUGCCCGUGGAUCACUUCCCAGACCUGCUGGGGAUGCUGGACCACGAGGCCAAGCUCCACAAAGACGUCCUCCAUUGGGACUACCGGGACACCUUCUACAACCUCACCCUGAAGGAGGUCCUGUUCCUGGAGUGGUUCAGCGAACACUGCCCCCACGGCCAGUUCAUCCUGAAGGGUGACGACGACGUCUUCGUCAACACCGUACGGAUUGUAGACCUCCUAGAGGGCCUGCCGGAGAAAAAAGCCAAGGAUCUGUUCAUAGGUGAUGUUAUCAAUGACGCCGGUCCUCACAGGAACCGGAGACUCAAGUACUUUGUCCCAGAGAGUGUGUUUGUGGGGAUGUACCCGACUUAUGCAGGUGGCGGAGGAUAUCUGUACUCGGGGGAGUUGGCUCUGCGUCUCCACAACGCAUCCCGGCAGGUGGUGCUUUAUCCCAUUGACGAUGUCUACACGGGGAUGUGUCUGAAGAAGCUGGGCCUGGCUCCUGAGAAGCAUGAAGGCUUCAGGACGUUUGGCAUUGAUGCGAAGCACAGGGACAACCCGUGCGUCUACAGGACCUUGAUGCUGGUGCACAGCUGCACGCCACAGGAGAUGUUGACCAUCUGGCCGUGGAUCAUCCACCCGGAGCUGGACUGCCAGUGAGGGUCAAGUCAGGUAACUUUAUGGAUUUAUGAAGAGAACUGGAUACAGAGUUGGAGGUGGGACCCCGUGUUGUCCAAUGAAAGUUGCUCAGUAGUGUAUGAAGCCAAAAUGGUCUGACUCUCGAGUACAAAAAUAUUUUCCCGAAUUGUGAUUAAUAAAGAACAUCUUAUUAUUUUAUCUUAUCUUAAAAGUACCCGUAUCUGGGGCCAUAGAGCAUGGGAACUUAUGUGUUGUUUAAGCCCCGCCUCCUAUCUCCUAUUCUUGGCUCAGUCAAAUGAAUGGAGAGGUAAAAUAAUCCUGAAUUUAGCUUUUAGCACAUUUUACAACUUUUACACCCAAAUGAUUUAAAUAAGUGCUAUAGAGUGUACGUGAUGGGUAGAUUUACAGACAUGAAAACGGGAAAAAGUUUUUUCAGCCCAAUUAAAUCGCUGACUGACAGAAGAUGUAAUACCGCCGUUUGGGCACUGCGAAUAGAAUUUGCUUCAAUAUCCGGCACACUUUCUGGGGGCCUAGGUUACUCCAUACAUUGGGAAAGAGACAUCUGUAUUCUUUUUUUAAGUUGAGUAAAUUACCCAAUACAAACACUUUUAAAUACCUCUUCAAAUCAAUGUUACUGACCUCUUCAAAUCAUUAGGGUCUGAAAGUUGUGAAAUGUGCUAAAAGCUGAAUCCCCUCUCCAUUCAUUUGACUGAGUCGAGAGCGGGAAAUCGGAGUUAGGGCUUAAGGAAAACUCAAGUGUGCUCAAUGGGCCCAGAUCCAGGAACCUUUUUAUCUACUGUCACUCCAUUCGUGGACCCGUCUCCAAUGCUGUAUCCAAUUCUCUUUAUACAUCCAUAGGUUACUCUCGUAGGGUCCUUGGGGCACUUUGAUGACUCCCUAUCUGCCUCCAAAUACUCGCUUGCCCGCCGGUCUCAUGCACUCCACUGCUGUUUUCCACCUCUUUAUGUUAGUCAGCCAUUCUGUCCUUGGUAUUCAUGCACCACCUUUAAAUGUUCCUGCUGCUCCAUAUCUUAUCUAUGUUAAACAUACCUGAGGCUGCCAGUGAACACCUGCAUGUGUGUUUGCACUGUUGAGAUUACAACACCUUGUUAAAUGGGUUGAACUCUGUUGCAGCGACCUGAAAUCAGUCCUGUCUAGAGAGAGUCAGGCAACAAUUGCACAUAACACAAUAUUUUCAGUAAGAUCUUUUAAUGGCAUGGCCUUGUCCUGUGAGUAGGGUUGCAAAGGGGCGGAACAUUUCCGGUACAUUUCCGGAAAGUUUCCAUGGGAAGUUAAGCUGGGGAAUUUUGGAAAUA